GGGGACUCCGGGGCAGCGAGCAGCGCCCACCCAAGCGCAGAUCCUGCAGCCACCCUACCCUCAAACUCAAAGGAUCUGGACCCAAUCUGUGGAAGGACUCCUCAUGCUUAGUGGGACCUCAGCACUAUCCACCAAGAUCCAGGCCAAGCUCUCGCUCCCUGAGCUUUGGGUUUUUUCCCCUCAUUUUGCCCAGGUGGGAUCAUAGCCUAGCAAAGGACUCUGGACACAAAUAGAAUCUACAGCAACUGAACCAAUGGGGCUGGAUAUGAAGCGCUGGGUGAUGCCCAUUACACUGGGCCUGACUACCUGCAUAGUUAUUACCCUGGUGCUGACCCUCCUGGCCACUAAAAGUACCCUUCGCCCAGGAACCAAGUUUGGACUCGUGUUUGAUGCCGGCUCCUCCCACACAUCCCUCUUCAUGUACCAGUGGCCAGCGGACAAGGAGAAUGACACAGGCGUGGUUGGCCAGACCAUGACUUGUGAUGUGAAGGGCGAUGGCAUCUCCAGCUAUGCCCAAAAACCUGAAGCUGCGGGAAGAUCCUUGAGGCCAUGUUUAGAUAAAGCAAUGAAGUUGAUCCCAGCAGCACAACUGGCCCAGGUGCCUGUGUACCUGGGGGCCACAGCAGGGAUGAGAAUCCUCAGCUUGCAGGACCCAGAGGCUGCUAAUCAGGUCUUGGCUGAGGUGAGCAAGACUAUCCAGGAGUACCCCAUGGAUUUCCGAGGGGCUCGGAUCAUCUCCGGUGCUGAGGAAGGAGUCUAUGGUUGGAUCACUAUCAAUUACCUCCUGGAAACCUUCACUAAGUAUUCAGUCAAGAAUGGAGGCUGGAUCCACCCUCCAGCAACCAAGGUGCUUGGGGCCCUGGACCUGGGAGGAGCUUCAACCCAGAUCAGCUUCUUCCCCAGCGGACCCAUUGCAGACCCAACCACUGCCUCCCACUUCCGUCUGUAUGGUUUCAACUACACCAUCUAUACACACAGCUACCUGUGCUAUGGACAGGCCCAGGCUCAGAAGCAGGUGAUCAUGAAGUUGACCCAGGAAUCCCAGGAUACCCCUGGCCAGAUCCAGCAUCCCUGUUACCACGAAGGCUUUGAGAAGAAAGUGACAGCACAGUCUAUCUAUGACAGUCCCUGCACAGCCUACUUGCAGCCAAGUGGUGUCAACUUGAACCAGGAGAUGAUACUGGUGGGCACAGGCAAUGCCACUAAGUGCCGGCAGGCCAUCAGAGCCAUCUUCAAUUUUACUGCCUGUGGCCCCCAUCAUUCCUGCGCCUUCAAUGGUACCUACCAGCCUGACGUGAGCGGCCAGUUUUUUGCUUUCUCAGCCUUCUACUACACCUUUGCCUUCCUCAACAUCACCUCAGGCCAGUCUCUGUCGGAAGUCCGGAACAUCAUUGAGCUUUACUGCAGUCGGAGUUGGAUGGAUGUGACUGCCAGUUACCCCAAACAGAAGUUGCAGUGGCUUCAGGAUUACUGUGCCAAUGCCAACUAUAUCCUCAUACUCCUCCUGGAAGGCUACAAGUUCUCUGAGAAGAGCUGGACCUCCAUCAGGUUCCAACAGAAAGCUUCAGAGACGGACAUCGGCUGGACUCUUGGCUAUAUGCUGAACCUAACCAACAUCAUUCCGGCUGAGGCUCCAGUCCAUGUUCGUGCCCAGAAGAAGGGACACUGGGUUACCUCCAUCUUCUUCCUUGUACUUACCCUGGUUGCAGCCCUGGUUCUGCUGCUGGCAUACUUCCUCUGAGGGAAAUCUUCCUGUCUGGGUGGGAGACCCAAGCCCAGGGCCCUGCCUUUGGUUCAAUGAAGAUCAUUUUCAGACCCCAAUCCUGGAGGCUAAGGGUGGUGGCUGCUGGAUAUGGAGAAAGAGAUGACCUAUGACCGCUCCAUGUUCCUUAGCACCGUACUACCCACGUGUCUCACACUGUCUGGCUCCCAUGCCUCAGGUCUCCUUCUGCUCCUGUAUGCUCCAUGUUCCACUCCACAUGUUCUUCUUUAGUCACCCCUCCUUUCUCCCAUCAUUGUCACUCUGCUUCACUCCCAAAGGCUCCCCUGCCCCCAUCCUCCUCUUCUGUUUACCCUACAGGCCUUGGGUUGGCCAGUAGGGGUGGAAGAGGUUAGGGGCUCUCGUGCCGUCGUGAGCUAGCUUACUCCGGGGGACAUAGAGACAUUCCCUCAAACCUUAUAUCACGUGCAACUACACAAAUGGACCGAGUGGCCCAGUGAUGUAAACACUUUCACCAUUAUGCACACUAAGGGCCCAGGACCUCCAUCCGGAAAUCUUAAUUAAAGCUAGGCUUG